UCAAAUCUGCUUCUCCCUCCUCUUUCUCUCUCUCUAUCUUCCCUUAGAAUCACAGAGCCUCUCUUGUUGUCGUCGGUGAUCGGAGAAAUGGAUAAGAAACCGACAGAUCCUGACGCUCGCGACCCCGAGAAGCCAUUUUCCCUUGCAGAUUUCGAGAUCGGGAGACCGUUAGGUAAAGGCAAAUUCGGCAGAGUCUAUCUCGCUCGCGAAGUCAAGAGUCACUUCGUGGUGGCGUUGAAAGUGAUAUUCAAGGAGCAGAUCGAGAAGUACAAACUCCAUCACCAGCUAAGGAGAGAGAUGGAGAUCCAAACGAGCCUAAGGCACCCCAACAUCCUCCGUCUCUUCGGUUGGUUCGACGACGAUGAGCGUAUCUUCUUGAUCCUCGAGUAUGCUCACGGUGGUGAGCUCUAUGGCCUCCUCAGAGAGAAUGGUCAUCUCACCGAACAACAAGCCGCCACUUACAUUUCAAGUCUAAGUCAGGCACUGGCCUAUUGUCAUGGGAAAUGUGUGAUUCAUAGAGACAUCAAACCCGAGAACUUGUUGCUUGAUCAUAAGGGAAGGUUGAAAAUUGCAGAUUUUGGGUGGUCAGUGCAGUCAAGUAACAAGAGGAAAACAAUGUGUGGGACGUUAGAUUACUUGGCACCUGAGAUGGUUGAACACAGAGAUCACGAUCAUGCUGUUGAUAACUGGACUUUAGGGAUACUGUGUUACGAGUUUCUCUAUGGGAACCCUCCUUUCGAAGCUGAGAGUCAGAAAGAUACAUUCAAGAGAAUUGUUAAGAUCGAUCUGAGUUUUCCUCCUACGCCAAAUGUCUCUGCGGAAGCUAGAAAUCUAAUCAGUCAGCUUCUUGUAAAGGAUCCUUCCAAAAGACUCUCUCUUACGAAGAUCAUGCAACACCCUUGGAUCGUCAAGCACGCAGAUCCUAAAGGUGUGUGCCUCAUUUGAUGUUAUUCUCUAAAUCUCUGGGCAAAUUCAGAAAACGCACAUUGUAUGUUUCAUUUCAGCACAUUGUUCAAAAAAUUGUUUUAACAGUUGGAUGUAAUUCUAACAUUGUCUUCCCAUCUAAUACUUUUCUCAACAUGGAAACAACUGUAGUUAUAAAAUAUUCUUUUCUGAU